UGCAAAACCCCUCAGCUCAGGCCGGGGAUAACGUUACAUUACCCAUAAUAACUACUCCUUGACCGCUAAGGCAUCCAUGAGCACGUCUCGAAACAAUCGACCUUUAAUCAACGUCCUCGCCAAGAAAUUCGCCCUUCGAGGAUCAAGAAUGGAGCCUCCUGAGAACCAAAAACUGGUGGUCGUUGCCUCAAACAACAUCCCCAAAAUCAAAGCCACCCGUGAUGGCUUCACACAAAUGCUUCCAGCCUCUCAUGACUUUCAAGGCAUCAGCGUAGACUCCAACGUCUCAGACCAGCCCUUCUCAGACGAAGAGACUCUGCGUGGUGCAUCAAAUCGAGCACAGAACGCUCAAGCAGCCAGACCAGAAGCUGAUUUCUGGGUUGGCAUUGAGGGCGGUGUUGAAACUCACAAUGGCUCCAUCUGCUCUUUUGCUUGGAUUGUUGUUAUUGGAACAGAUGGCAAGGUCGGCAAGGCACGGACUUCGGCGUAUUUUCUACCAGAGAAGACUUGUCAGUUGUUGAAAGAGGGUGUUGAGCUGGGGCAUGCGGAUGAUAUGAUAUUUGGGCAGACAGAUUCAAAGAACAAGCAGGGCUCGGUUGGGCUAUUGACUGGCGGGGUUGUUGAUCGAGCUGCGUAUUAUACACAGGCCGUCAUUCUAGCCCUGGUACCAUUCAGGAAUGCUUCUUUGGACUUUUGAUGGCUUCAUUUUCAUAUUGAGCACUCAAGGCGCUCAAGGUAAAAACGCAAAUGAUACUAUAAUUCAUGAUGGGCACUACAUUUCACUUCUGGAGUUCAGUCAAGAAAGGAUACACAUUCUUGCAGAGGCAAAACACUUUUAUUAACCUGCCCAUAAGGAGUGUAAAUGUAUAUAUAAAUGAUUUAAGGAUUAGAUGUGCGUAAUGCGUGUACUUUUCCACCCCUUCCAUGCUAUCCCUCCAUUCUGUUAUUACCCUUCACUCCAUCUCUUCACAAA